AUGGAGCGAACAAGAGGUCGAUCGAACCACAUCACAGUUCGAUCGAACGCGUCAAGGACAAGGGACACGAUCGAACCCCUACAUGGCGAGAAGAAUCGAUCGAUCCCGUUCCCCUACAACCAACUCGAUCGAUCCCAUGCAAAGCAAGCCAGCUCGAUCGAUCCAUGUCCUGUUUCAGCCGUUCGAUCAACCCGGUCAGAUGAUAUCACAGCCGUUCGAUCUACUUGGUGCAAACCGACUCGAUCGAACCAGCGAACCGGAUUGAACCGAAGUCGACCCCGGAGCUAUUUAGACCUAUCUUUAGCCAUGUUUAGGCACGCCGUUUUUCAGAGUUUACACUGUUUUUCAUUGUUUCUGAGGGAGAAGAGAUCAAACCUCUGUAUUCACAGUUUGGAGAAGAUUUCUGAACCCUUGUUUGCUAUUUUCUUAUUUGAUUCAAUGACAUUCAUUCAGUAUUGUUUGCUGUUUCACCAUGUCUGA